AGCAUGCCCUUGCCGAGGCGCCGGUCGUCCUUCUUGGGGCAGCAGCCCCCUGCCUCCGCAACGGAGAGCGCGGCGGGGCCCGGGCGCCGCGUGAGCGUGGGGGGCCUGUCGAGACCCCCCGGCGUCUACGUGGGCUCCGUGCCCACCGGAGGAGUGAGCAGCUUGGGCACCCGCGUGUCCCGCCGAGCCCUGGGCAUCAGCAGCGUCUUCCUCCAGGGCUUGCGCAGCUCCUGCUCUGCCGUGCCCCUGGCUGCGGGGCUGGAGAAGGGCAGGGCGCUCUCCUACGAGAGCCUGAACGGCAGCCUGGUGGAGUACAUCGAGAAGGUGCGAGCCCUCGAGCAGGUCAACAUGGAGCUGGAGGAGCACAUCCGAGUCUACCUGGACAAGAAAUCCUCCAGCGUGGGCAGCUGGGGAGCGCUGCGGGAGAGCUGGGAGGCCAUCUACCACCAGGUGGGUGAAGCGGUCCUUGAAAACGCCCGUCUCAUGCUGCACACCGAGAACAUUCAAGCCUGUGCUGAAGACUUUAAAGACAGGUAUGAAAAUGAGCAGCCAUUCAGAAAGGCAGUGGAAGAUGAAAUUAAUUCCCUUUAUAAAGUGAUUGAUGAUGCUAAUUUAACUAAAAUGGAUCUGGAGAGUCAGAUAGAAAGCAUGAAAGAAGAGCUGACUUUGCUGUCAAAGAAUCAUGAAGAAGAUGUGAAGGUAUUGUACAAACAGCUUGCUGGAUCUCAGCUGGAAGAACUCGAUGUUCCCCUGGGAAGUGGCCUGGACAACAUACUGGAAAAAAUCAGAAUCCACUGGGAGAGAGACAUAGAAAAGAAUCGUGCUGAGACGGGUGCCCUGCUCCGUACCAAGCAACAGGCUGAAGCAACAGCUGCAGUGCGAAGCCAGGAGGAAGAACUGGUGGAGGGCCUCAGAACCGAGUUCCAUGAAACUGCCUGCAAAAUACAGAGCUUGCAGGCCGAAACUGAAUCCUUGAGAACCUUGAAGAGGGGUCUGGAGAACUCCUUAUACGAUGCCAAGCACUGGCAUGACAUCGAACUGCAGAACCUAGGCUCUGUCAUUUCCAAGCUGGAGGCAGAGAUUGCAGAAAUCAAAGCAGAAACUGAGCAGCAGCAGCAGGAUCGUGAAAAUCUGCUGACCAACAAGCAACAGCUGGAGAAAGACAUUGCUGCAUAUCACUGCCUUCUGGAUGGAGAGCAAAGCAGGUACUUGUUAUCGAAAACAAGCGUGCCGUGAGAAGGGAGAAGUGCUCUCUGAGAAGGAGUUGUGGCCGUGGGGGUGGUUCUUGUGUUUCUUAAGGCUGGGUGCUAGCUGCUUAGGUUUGGAGAAGCUGCCAAGGGGGAACACCCCAAAUCUGUGCUGAGAUUCCUGAUGUAUUGGAGAGGGCUGCUUUCCUGCACUGCCCCAAAAGGACAAGGUUUGGGAGUACAGCAGUGGGUCUAUCUGCCUCACUUCCCUGAAGACUUGGGAUCUGAGAUUAAAAAACUACUGCAGCAUCUGGGGGCUACACCAGGGGCUGCAAAGCACCCAUGCCCUUGUUUCUUACCUUGGCUAUGUUAUGCCUUCCCUCCUCCUCCCGCUGUCCAGUCAAAAUAUUACAGCUGUCAUCCUGGGGAAGCUCCCUUUCUCAGCACACAAGUUGCUCAUGAAGCCUGAGAACAGAA